AUGGCAACCCAGGGAACCCAGAAGUUGCUUGAAGAGCACUACCUACUUCCUGUCACAUCUAUCAGAGUUACUAUCCACACGCUGGGCAUCUUCUUCGAGUCCGACACGCGCAGCGAAAAUCACACGUCGAUUUAUCUCCUUACAGGCGACAAACAAUCGGUCCAACUCAACAUGAUCAAAGCAGGCCCAACUGAUGUUAUGGGCACGUUGCUUCGGAAGCGUUGUGGCUAUGACUUAUCGAACACAGCCCUCAAGAGAAUUGAUCUUCAGGCGAUUCAAGGGUUGACUGUUGGACAAGUCCUUCAACUCCUAGACCAGAAGGGUCGAGCCAACUACAAACUGGCGCCAAGCGGCAUGGGCUGUCGCUUUUGGGUUAGAACGAUGAUUGAGGAUCUGGAAGCUGCGGGGUACAUCAAUCCAUCGAGCCCGAUCAAAGUCAACGAGGCCAUCGAGGAUCUCCAAUACAAUUACUCCAAAAACCAGGCCCGAGAAUAUGACCCGAUGGAGCCAGGAACCUUUGUGUAG